GGCCAAGUUCGCCCUGGCUUCUGGAGAGAGUCCCACUUUGGAGUUUAGUCUCAAGCCAGCCGAGCUCCAGCGGAGGCGGAGGCUGGGAGCCACGCAGACUGCAGCGUCUACUAAGAUGGGACACCUGUGGCUCUUGGGGACCUGGUUUCUCUGGGGGAAGCUACUGUGUGCCGCGGAUCCCCGCACAGAUGCAGAAAUUCCCAGAGUCACAGAAGUUCUGCCUAAAUAUGGCAGCAUCAAUGGAGCAACAAGGCUGACUGUCAAAGGAAAAGGUUUUUCUCAAGUGAGCCAGUUUAACUAUGGAGUUGAUAAUGCUGAAUUGGGAAACCGUGUGCAAUUAGUUUCUUCUUUCCGGUCAAUUACUUGUGAUGUGGAAAAAGAUUCAAGUCAUUCAACUCAAAUUAUAUGCUAUACUAGAGCAAUGCCAGAAGAUUCCUACACUGUUAGAGUCAGUGUAGAUGGGGUUCCUGUUACAGAAAACAACACUUGCAAAGGCCUUACCAGCAGCCGAGCAUGCAGCUUCAGUGCAAAAAGUUUUAGAACCCCAACAAUAAGGAACAUUACUCCUUUGUCUGGAACUCCAGGUACAUUAAUAACAAUCCAAGGCAGACUCUUCACCGAUGUCUAUGGGAGUAAUACUGCAUUAAGCUCAAAUGGGAAAAAUGUUAGGAUUUUGAGAGUUUAUGCUGGAGGAAUGCCUUGUGAGCUUCUCAUGCCACAAUCUGAUGAUCUGUAUGGAUUAAAACUAGAUCAUCCAAAUGGAGACCUGGGGUCUAUGACUUGUAAGAUAACUGGAACUUACGUUGGUCAUCACAAUGUCAGCUUCAUCUUAGAUAGUGAUUAUGGAAGGAGUUUCCCAGAGAAAAUUACAUAUUUUGUUUCUUCUCUCAACAAGAUUUCUAUGUUUCAAACAUAUGCAGAGGUUACAAUGAUUUCACCUUCAAAAGGAAGCAUUCAGGGUGGUACCACACUGACUAUAAGUGGGCGGUUCUUUGAUCAGACAGAUCUCCCAGCCAGAGUUCUAGUUGGAGGUCAAGCCUGUGAUAUUUUGGAUGUCACAGAAAAUAGUAUACACUGCAAGACACCUCCCAAACCCCAGAUUCUCAAAACUGUGUAUCCAGGUGGGAGAGGCCUAAAGCUCGAGAUGUGGAAUAACAGCCGGCCAGCACAUCUUGAAGAGAUACUUCACUACAAUGAACACACCCCUGGGUACAUGGGCGCCAGCUGGGUAGAUUCAACUUUCUAUAUUUGGCCCAUGGAACAAGACACAUUUGUUGCACGCUUCAGUGGAUUUUUGGUGGCUCCAGAUUCUGAUGUUUAUAGAUUCUAUAUCAGAGGUGAUGACCACUAUGCUCUUUAUUUCAGUCAGACUGGACACCCAGAGGAUAAGGUGAGGAUUGCAUAUCACUCUGCUAAUGCCAACAGUUAUUUUUCGAAUCCAACACAAAGAUCGGAUGAUAUUCAUCUGCAGAAAGGAAAAGAAUACUACAUUGAAAUUUUGCUGCAGGAGUAUAGAUUGAGUGCUUUUGUUGAUGUUGGAUUGUACCAGUAUAGAAAUGUCUUUACUGAAAAUCAAACAGGAGAUGCAGUAAAUGAAGAACAAGUUGUCAAAUCCCAGUCAACCGUCAUGCCGGAAGUACAGGUUAUAACAUUGGAAAACUGGGAAACAACUAAUGCAACCAAUGAAGUUCAGCAGAUCACAGUGAGCAGCCCGUGUGUGGGAGCUAAUUCCUGUUCACUUUACCAAUUCAGAUUAACUUACAACAUGGAAAAAACUGUCUGGCUGCCUGCUGAUGCUUCUGACUUCAGGUUACAAUCAGCUUUAAAUGACCUUUGGUCUAUAAAACCAGAUACAGUUCAAGUAACAAGUACUAGGAAUGCCCAGAGCUACAUCUACACAAUAACCUUUGUAUCAACUAGAGGAGACUUUGAUUUGCUUGGUUAUGAAGUAUUUGAAGGGAAUAAUGUCACACUGGAUAUCACUGAACAAACCAGAGGAAAACCUAAUUUGGAGACAUUCACACUGAGUUGGGAUGGGAUUGCAUCUAAGCCCCUUGCUGCACAGUCAUCAGAAGCUGAAUUUCAGAUGGCUGUGGAAGAGAUGGUUAGCACUAAGUGCCCACCAGAAAUCGCACAUCUCAAAGAAGGAUUCCUAGUCAAAUAUUUCAGGGAUUAUGAGACUGAUUUUGACCUGGAGAAUGUUAAUAGAGGGGAGAAAACAGCUGAGACAGAUGCUUACUGCGGUCGUUAUUCCCUGAAAAACCCAGCUGUUCUUUUUGAUUCAGCAGAUGUUAAACCAAACAAACUACCAUAUGGAGACAUUUUAUUAUUUCCUUAUAAUCAGUUGUGUCUAGCAUACAAAGGAUCCCUGGCAAAUUAUAUUGGUCUAAAGUUCAAGUACCAAGACAAUGGCAAGAUUACUAGAAGUGCUGAUACACGAUUUGAAUACAACUUUGCUUAUGGAAAUGAAUGGACCUACACAUGCAUAGAUCUUCUCGAUUUCUUACAAACAAAAUAUGCUGGGACAAGUUUUUCUCUUCAAAGGAUUAGCUUUCAGAAAUCAUUGGAAGCACAGUCCUUCUAUGUGGAUGUGGUGUACAUUGGACAGACAUCUACAAUCUCAGCAUUGGGUGAAAUGCCAAGGAGAAGAUUUCCAGCAUUAGCCAAUAAAGGAAUAUUUUUUAAGCACUUUCAGGUGAACCAGACCAAAUUAAAUGUAUCAACUAUGACAAUCCAGUAUUCUGUUAUCAUGACUUCAUAUAAUUGCAGUUAUAAUAUACCCAUGAUGGCUGUGAGAUUUGGGCAGAUAAUCGCAAAUGAGACACAGAAUGAGUCUGUUUACAGAGGAAAUAAUUGGCCGGGAGAGUCAAAGAUUCGUGUUCAAAGAAUUCAAGAAGCUUCUCCACCUAUAAGUGGCAGCUUCGACCUUCAAGCUUAUGGACACAUCCUCAAAGGCAUCCCUGCUGCUGUGUCGGCUUCAGACUUGAAGUUUUCCCUGCAAAGCCUGCAAGAAAUAGGGCAAGUCUCAGUUAACAGGGAGGGAACCUGUGCUGGAUACUCAUGGAGCAUCAAGUGGAGAAACCCAUGUGGAAAGCAGAGUCUUCUACAGGUUAAUGAUUCCAAUAUAAUUGGUGAAAAGGCUAGUGUGACCGUCACAAAGAUAAAGGAAGGUGGCUUAUUUAGACAACACUUACUUGGAGACCUACUCCGUACACCAAAUCAGCAUCCACAGGUUGAAGUCUAUGUCAAUGGAAUUCCAGCUAAAUGUUCAGGUGACUGUGGGUUUACAUGGGAUCCCAUGACUACUCCCCUCGUCUUGACAACAUCGCCUUCUGAAGGAUCCUAUGAAGAAAACACAGUUCUAACCAUAGCAGGGUCUGGAUUUUCUUCUACCUCAGCUGUAUCCAUCUCUGUUGGACCUACGAGUUGCUCUCUUCUUUCUGUGGAUGAAAAUGAAAUCAAGUGCCAGAUCCUGAAUGGAAGUGCUGGACAUGUACCAGUCGUUGUGUCCAUCGCUGAUGUUGGACUAGCACAGAAUGUAGAGGGUGAGGGAUUCCACUUCGUUUAUCAGAGUCAGAUCUCACACAUCUCGCCUGAUUCUGGAAGCCUGGCAGGUGGUACUCUACUGACUGUAUCUGGAUUUGGCUUUAGUGAAAAUUCAACAGUUUUAGUUGGAAAUGAAACCUGCAAGAUGAUUGAAGGAGAUUUGACUAGGAUAACCUGCAAAACACCAAAAAGAAUUGAGGGUACAGUUGAUAUUUUGGUUAUUACCAAUGGAAUUCAAGCCACAGCAAAGGACAGUUUUACUUAUAAUUGUUUACAGACACCAGUUAUUACUGAUUUCAGUCCAAAAGUACGGACAAUUCUAGGAGACGUUAAUUUAACAAUUAAGGGUUAUAACUUUGGAAAUGAACUCACACAAAACAUGGUGUAUGUUGGAGAAAAAACCUGCCAGGUUCUUCAUUCGAACUUCACAGACAUUAGAUGCCUGUUGCCCAUGUUGUCUCCAGGAAAACACGACAUCUAUGUUGAAGUAAAAAACUGGGGUUUUGCAUCGACAAGGAACAAGUUAAAUGCUUCCAUACAGUAUAUUUUGGAAGUGACUCAUAUGUUUCCACAGAGAGGCUCUUUGUAUGGUGGAACUGAAAUCACUAUAAUGGGUUUAGGGUUCAGCACAACACCAACUGAAAAUUCUGUCCUCUUAGGUUCCUUCCCAUGCAAUGUUACAUCAUCAUCAGAAAAUAUCAUCAAAUGCACUCUUCAGUCAACAGGAAAUGUGUUCAGAAUCACCAACAGCGGAUCACACUUAGAGCAUGGAUUAGGCUAUGCCUGGUCACCACCAGUUUUAGAUGUGUCUGUAGGAGAUACCGUGAUAUGGCAUUGGCAAGCACAUCCUUUUCUUAAGGGGAUAGGAUACAGAGUUUUCUCAGUCUCCAGUCCUGGAAGUGUAAUUUAUGAUGACAAAGGAUUUAUAAAUGGAAGGCAAAAAUCUUCAUCAGGUUCAUUUUCUUAUCAGUUUACUUCCCCUGGAAUCCAUUACUAUAGCAGUGGGUAUGUUGAUGAGGCUCACGCCAUCUCCCUCCAAGGAGUCAUUAAUGUUUUACCAGUUGAAACCAGGCACAUCCCCUUGCAACUGUAUGUGGGAAACACUGAGGCCAUAUAUGCUCCGGGCAGUUUUUUGUCUAAAACAGGUCCUGAGAAUUUACACUUGGAAAGCAGUGUGGCAGGCUGCUUAGCAACAGAAUCCCUGUGUGGCCUGAAUGAUACCAAGGUUAAUAAUUCAACUAAGUUGCUUUUUGAGCUUUCAAGUUGUAUUUCGCCAUCUAUAAGCAACAUUACUCCUUCAAUUGGAACAGUAAAUGAAUUGAUAACUAUUACUGGACAUGGCUUCAGUAAUCUUACAUGUGCCAAUAAGGUUACAAUUGGUAGCUAUCCUUGUGUUGUACAAGAAAGUAACAACAGUUCUAUUAUAUGUCAUAUUGAUCCUCAAAACUCUAUGGAUGUUGGAAUCAGAGAAAUUGUCAGUUUGAUCGUGUACAACCUGGGCACUGCUAUCAACACACUGUCCAGUGAAUUUGACAGGCGAUUUGUACUUUUGCCAAACAUAGAUAUGGUGUUGCCAAGUACAGGAUCAACUACAGGAAUGACAAGGGUGACCAUACAAGGUUCUGGAUUUGUGGUUUCUUCUGCAGGUGUAGAAGUCUUAAUGGGAAAUUUCCCCUGUAAAGUUCUAACUGUGACCUAUUCAGCCAUUGAAUGCGAAACAUCUCCUGCUCCCCAACAACUUGUGCCUGUAGAGCUUCUAAUUCAUGGAGUGCCUGCCCAAUGUCAGGGCAACUGCAGCUUUUCAUAUUUAGAAAGCAUCACUCCUUAUGUAAGAGAAAUCUUUCCAAACUCUAUCAAAGGCUCUGUAAAAGUUCUUAUUGAAGGAGAAGGCUUUGGGACUGUGUUGGAGGACAUUUCUGUAUUCAUAGGAAGUCAACAGUUCAGAGCAAUAGAUGUUAAUGAAAAUAAUAUCACCGUUCUCAUGACUCCACUACCAGCUGGACGUCACUCUCUCAGUGUUGUGGUGGAAACCAAGGGCUUAGCUCUUGGAAACCUGACUGUCAGCAGUCCUGCAAUAGCUUCUGUCGCACCAAUAUCUGGAAGCAUUGCUGGUGGAACCACGUUGGUGAUCACAGGCAAUGGCUUCUCUCCUCACAACACCACAGUCACUGUGGGGGAUGAUCCUUGUCAAAUUAUGUUCAUCAACUCCAGUGAGGUGUACUGCAGCACCCCAGCUGGGAGAGCUGGCAUGGCCAAUCUGAAGAUCUCUGUUAAUGCAGUCACUUACCCACCUUUGUCAUUUACAUAUGCCCAGAAGGACACUCCAUUUCUCAAAAGAAUCAUCCCAAAUAGAGGUCCACAAGGAACUGAAGUUGAAAUAACUGGGUUUAACCUUGGGUUUGAUAUCUCAGAAGUUUCAGUGAUGAUAAAUGACAGUGCAUGUAAUGUGACCACCGUCAAUGAUAGUGUGCUGCAGUGCAUUGUGGGAGAUCACGCAGGGGGCAUUUUUCCUGUGGCGAUGUUUCAUAAAACAAAAGGCUCUGCUCUGUCUUCUGUGGUAUUUGAGUACCCACUUUACAUUCAGAAUAUCCAUCCAAGGCAAGGGAGCUUUGGUGGUGGCCAGACCUUGACUGUGACAGGUGCUGGAUUUAAUCCACAGAAUUCAAUCAUAUUGGUCUGUGGCUCUGAAUGUGCAGUUGACAGGUUUGUGUCUGACUCUACAACACUGUUCUGUGAGGUUCCACCUAAUAAAGGCAGGGGGCCCGAACAAGCCUGUGAAGUGAGUGUGGUCAAUGGGAGAGAUUCAUCACGGUCCACAGCUCUGUUUACAUACAGCAUGUCCCUCACUCCGUUCAUCACUGAAAUAUCUCCCAAGAGAGGCAGCACCACAGGAGGGACCAGACUCACAGUCAGGGGAUCUGGAUUCAGUGAAAAUACACAGGAUGUUCAUAUCACCAUAGCUACAGACAAAUGUGAUGUUCAGUAUUCCAAUAAGACACAUAUUAUCUGCAUGACAAGUGCUCACACUCCGUCAGGGAGGGCUCCAGUUCACCUUAGCAUCAGAAACAUCGGCCUGGCCAAAUCGGAGAAUGCUGACUUCUUAUAUAUUGAUGCUUGGUCCUCCAACUUCUCAUGGGGAGGAAAAGCUCCACCAGAGGAGGGGUCACUUGCUGUUAUUACAAAAGGACAGACAGUUCUAUUGGACCAAAGUACCCCUGUUCUAAAGAUGUUGCUCAUUCAGGGUGGAACUUUAAUAUUUGAUGAAGCUGAUAUUGAACUCCAGGCAGAAAAUAUUCUAAUCACAGAUGGAGGCAUUCUUCAGGUUGGAACAGAAGCAUCUCCAUUUCAACACAAGGCCACCAUCACUCUGCAUGGGCACCUUCGGUCACCUGAACUCCCUGUAUAUGGUGCCAAGACACUGGCUGUGCGAGAGGGCACACUGGAUCUACAUGGUCUGCCUAUUCCUGUGGUCUGGACUCGAUUGGCUCACACCACAAAGGCAGGAGAACGGACUUUGAUUGUACAAGAAGCAGUGACAUGGAAGGCGGGGGACAUCAUAGUAAUUACAAGCACUGGGCACAGGCACAGUCAACAAGAGAAUGAAAAGAAGAUUAUUGCAUCUGUGUCUGCCAAUGGAAUAAACAUAAUACUAACUAGUCCACUGAAGUACACUCACUUAGGAAUCACUGUCACACUCCCUGAUGGAAGCACAUUUGAAGCAAGGGCAGAAGUUGGAAUUCUUACAAGAAAUAUUGUUAUAAGAGGAUCUGAUAAUGUGAAAUGGAAUGACAAAAUUCCAGCAUGUCCUGAUGGAUUUGACACAGGUGAAUUUGCUACACAGACAUGUCUCCAAGGAAAGUUUGGAGAAGAAAUAGGAAGUGACCAGUUUGGAGGCUGCAUUAUGUUCCAUGCUCCUUUUCCUGGGACUAACUUGGUAACUGGAAGAAUAGAAUAUGUAGAGGUGUUUCAUGCUGGCCAGGCUUUCCGGUUGGGACGAUAUCCAAUACACUGGCAUCUACUCGGAGAUUUACAGUUCAAAUCUUAUGUAAGGGGCUGUGCAAUUCAUCAGGCCUACAACAGAGCUGUUACUAUCCACAAUACCCAUCAUCUUCUAGUUGAGAGGAAUGUUAUAUAUGAUAUCAGGGGAGGAGCGUUUUUCAUAGAAGAUGGCAUUGAGCAUGGCAACAUUCUACAAUAUAACUUGGCAGUCUUUGUACAGCAAAGUACUAGUCUGUUGAAUGAUGAUGUGACCCCAGCUGCAUUUUGGGUAACCAAUCCCAACAACACCAUACGACACAAUGCAGCUGCUGGUGGCACUCACUUUGGCUUUUGGUACAGAAUGAAUGACCACCCUGAUGGACCAUCCUAUGACAGAAACAUUUGCCAAAAAAGAAUUUCUCUUGGAGAAUUUUUUAAUAAUACUGUUCAUUCUCAAGGAUGGUUUGGAUUGUGGAUUUUUGAAGAAUAUUUCCCCAUGCAAACAGGAUCCUGUACGUCUACAGUGCCAACACCUGCAGUAUUUGAUUCGCUUAUUGUGUGGAACUGCCAAAAAGGAGCUGAAUGGGUCAAUGGAGGGGCCCUACAGUUCCAUAACUUUGUGAUGGUGAAUAACUAUGAGGCUGGAAUUGAGACCAAGAGGAUCCUGGCUCCUUAUAUUGGAGGAUGGGGUGAAACCAAUGGAGCAGUGAUUAAAAAUGCCAAAAUUGUUGGUCAUCUCGAUGAACUUGGAAUGGGAUCUGAAUUUUGCACCUCAAAAGGCCUGGUUCUCCCAUUUAGUCAAGGCUUGACUGUAUCAUCUGUAUACUUUAUGAAUUUUGACCGUCAUGACUGUGUGGCUCUGGGAGUAACAUCUAUCAGUGGAGUUUGUAAUGACAGAUGUGGAGGCUGGAGUACAAAAUUUGUUGACAUCUGGUAUUUUCACACACCAAACAAGGCUGGCUUUCGAUGGGAACAUGAAGCAGUGCUGAUUGAUGUUGAUGGUUCACUUACAGGGCACAAAGGACACACUGUCAUUCCACACAGUUCGUUACUAGACCCAUCACAUUGCACUCAAGAGGCUGAGUGGAGCGUUGGUUUUCCAGGGUCUGUCUGUGAUGCCUCAGUCAGUUUCCAUCGUUUAGCAUUCAACAAGCCUUCUCCUGUAUCUCUACUUGAAAAAGAUGUAAUUCUCUCAGACUCUUUUGGUACUAGCAUUGUUCCCUUUCAGAAGAAACGGCUGACUCAUAUGUCUGGAUGGAUGGCUCUGAUUCCAAAUGCAAAUCACAUUAACUGGUAUUUUAAAGAUGUGGAUCACUUAACCAACGUAUCCUACACAUCAACAUUCUAUGGAUUUAAGGAAGAAGACUAUGUAAUUAUAUCACACAACUUUACUCAAAAUCCUGAUAUGUUUAAUGUUAUUGAUAUGAGGAAUGGUUCCUCAAAUCCAUUGAACUGGAACACUAGCAAGAAUGGAGACUGGCAUCUGGAAGCCAACACUAGCACUCUCUACUACUUGGUGUCAGGAAGAAGUGACCUUCAUGAUAGCCAGCCCAUAUCUGGGGCCCUAGAUCCUGAUGUGAAAGAUGUGGUUAUUAACUUCCAGGCUUACUGUUGUACUCUCCAGGAUUGCUUUCCUGUACAUCCCACAUCAAGAAAACCGAUUCCCAGGAGGCGACCAGCUGCUUACAUUUUAUGGUCAAAUGACUCUUUUUGGCAAUCAUCUAGAGAAAACAAUUAUACUGUACCUCACCCAGGAGCAAAUGUGGUCAUUCCUGAAGGAACGUGGAUUGUAGCUGACACAGAUAUGCCUCCAAUGGAAAGGCUCAUUAUUUGGGGAGUUCUAGAGCUGGAAGAUAAAUCUGAGGUGGGAGAUGGAGAGUCUUCUCACAGAAGAGUUGUUUUGAAUGCUACCUAUAUAUCAGUGCAGGGAGGUAGAUUAAUUGGUGGCUGGGAAGAUAACCCUUUUAAAGGAGAAUUACAGAUCAUACUUAGAGGAAAUCAUUCUACCCCAGAAUGGCCUCUUCCAGAAGGACCAAAUCAAGGGGCAAAGGUCUUAGGGGUGUUUGGUGAGCUGGAUCUUCAUGGACUUCCACGUUCCAUAUAUAAAACUAAGCUGGCAGAAACAGCAGAGGCAGGCUCCAAGGUCUUGUCACUGAUGGUUGCUGUGGAUUGGCAGGAGGGAGAAGAGAUUGUAAUAACUACCACAAGCUAUGAUUUAUACCAGACAGAAGCUAGAAGGAUCGUUAAAAUCCUGCAUGGGCACACAAUUCUCAUUCUCAAUGAUAGCCUUUCCUACACUCACCUUGCUGAAAGGCACCAGAUUCCUGGAACAGGUCAGAGCUAUACAUUAGCAGCUGAUGUUGGGAUACUAAGUAGGAACAUCAAAAUAGUUAGUGAAGAUUAUCCAGGUUGGUCCAAAGAUUCUUUUGGUGCACGUAUCCUGGUUGGCUCCUUUACUGGAAAUAUGAUGACAUUCAAAGGAAAUGCAAGAAUAAGUAAUGUGGAAUUUUACCACAGCGGUCAAGAAGGCUUCAGGGAUAGCACAGAUCCCAGAUACUCUGUGACCUUUCUUAACCUAGGACAGAGUCAAGAACGUGGCUUGUCUUAUGUUCGUGGCUGUGCUUUCCACCAGGGCUUCUCCCCAGCAAUUGGUGUGUUUGGGACAGAUGGCUUGGACAUAGAUGACAACAUCAUUCACUUUACAGUAGGAGAAGGUAUCAGGAUAUGGGGGAAUGCCAACAGAGUGCGAGGAAAUCUGGUUACACUUUCUGUUUGGCCAGGAACCUAUCAGAACAGAAAAGAUUUAAGUUCAACACUUUGGCAUGCAGCAAUUGAGAUAAACAGAGGGACAAACACAGUCCUACAAAAUAACAUAGUUGCUGGAUUUGGAAGAGUAGGAUACCGCAUUGAUGGUGAACCUUGCUCAAGUCAGUCUAAUCCCAUGGAAAACUGGUUUGAUAAUGAAGCCCACGGGGGUUUAUAUGGCAUCUACAUGAACCAGGAUGGCCUUCCUGGAUGCUCUCUUAUACAGGGAUUUAUCAUUUGGACAUGCUGGGAUUAUGGAAUUUAUUUUCAGACCUCAGAGAGUGUGCACAUCUAUAAUGUGACCCUGGUGAAUAAUGGAAUGGGCAUUUUUUCAAUGGUCUACAUGCCAGCUGCUGUGUCUCACAAAAUUUCCAGUAAAACAGUACAGAUUAAGAACUCAUUAAUUGUUGGAAGUAGCCCUGAAUUUAACUGUUCUGAUGUUCUAACUAAUGAUGAUCCUGAUGUUGAACUUACUGCUGCACAUCGAAGUUCUAGGCCUCCAUCAGGUGGGAGAAGUGGGAUUUGUUGGCCAACCUUUGCUUCAGCUCAUAACAUGGCACCUCGGAAGCCCCAUGCAGGAAUCAUGAGUUAUAAUGCUAUUAGUGGCCUUUUGAAUGUCUCAGGUUCAACAUUUGCUGGAUUUAAGAAUGUUUGUUCGGGGGAAACUAAUGUGAUAUUUAUUACUAAUCCUUUAAACGAGGACUUACAGCAUCCAAUCCAUGUGAAGAAUGUACAACUGGUUGAUACUACUGAACAAUCCAAAAUAUUUAUACACAGGCCUGAUGUAAGUAAAGUGAACCCAUCUGACUGUGUGGACAUGGUUUGUGAUGCCAAAAGGAAAUCUUUCCUUAGAGACAUGGACGGUUCCUUUCUGGGCAAUUCUGGUUCUGUGAUUCCUCAAGCAGAGUAUGAAUGGGAUGGAAACAGCCAACUAGGAAUUGGAGACUACAGAAUUCCUAAGGUGAUGCUCACAUUCUUGAAUGGAAGUAGAAUUCCUGUCACUGAGAAAGCGCCUUAUAAAGGAAUUAUUAGAGAUUCAACCUGUAAAUACAUUCCAGAGUGGCAAAGCUAUCAGUGCUCUGGGAUGGAAUAUGCAAUGAUGGUUAUUGAAAGCCUGGACUCAGACUCAGAGACACGAAGACUCUCACCAGUGGCUAUUAUGAGCAAUGGUUAUGUUGAUCUCAUUAAUGGUCCACAGGAUCAUGGCUGGUGUGCUGGGUACACUUGCCAAAGAAGGCUGUCCCUGUUUCAUAGCAUUGUGGCUCUGAACAAACUCUAUGAGGUCUACUUCACUGGUACUAGUCCUCAGAAUCUUCGACUGAUGUUGCUUAAUGUUGACCACAAUAAGGCUGUUCUAGUAGGAAUUUUUUUUGCCACACUUCAGCGUUUGGAUGUCUAUGUGAACAAUGCACUGGUUUGUCCCAAAAAUACAGCAUGGAAUGCCCAAAAGAAACACUGUGAACCCAACAGGCAUCCAUACACAGGGCAAUUCCUUCCUAACUUGGGUUCUGGUAUCCCAGGUGAAAACUACUUUGAUAGAACCUACCAGAUGCUUUACCUUUUAGUUAAAGGAACCACACCUGUGGAGGUUCACACUGCCACAGUCAUCUUUAUUUCUUUCCAAUUACCUGCUUUAACAGAAAAUGACUUUUAUAGCUCACACAAUCUGGUUAGAAAUCUUGCCUUGUUCCUAAAAAUACCAAGUGACAAAAUACGUGUCAGCAGAAUAAUGGGAGGAGAGAGUCUACGACAGAAGAGAUCUACUGAACACACGACUGAAUUAGAGAUUGGAGAUCCUCCCACUCAGCUAUUAAGCAAUUCCACCACAGGUCAGAUGCAGUUGUCUGAGCUCCAAGAAAUUGCUGGCUCCCUUGGACAAGCUGUAAUCUUAGGAAAAAUCAGUAGUAUCCUUGGAUUUAAUAUUUCUUCCAUGUCUAUUACUAGUCCUAUUCCGCAACCAACAGAUUCUGGCUGGAUUAAGGUGACUGCCCAGCCAGUUGACAGGUCUACAUUUCCUGUGGACUAUGUGGCCUUAGUGUCUUCACUCUCAGUGAUUGCUCAGCCAGUGGCAGGCCAGCCAGGACAGCCGUUUUCCCAGCAGCCCUCAGUAAAGGCAGUAGACUCUGAGGGGAACUGUGUAUCAGUUGGGAUUACAUCACUUACUUUGAAGGCUAUCCUAAAAGACUCCAAUAAUAACCAAGUCGGUGGCCUUAGUGGAAACACAACAAUUCCAUUUACCAGCUGUUGGGCCAACUACACAGACCUUACUCCUCAUAGGACAGGAAAAAAUUAUAAAAUUGAAUUUCUCCUGGAUAAUGCCAUUCAAGUAGAAUCCAAAACUUUCAGCCUGUCAGUGCAGUCGGUCCCUGGUGGUGGUGGAGGUGGUACUGGUGCUGGCGGCAGCAGCAGCAGUGGCCUUAGCAAAGCAUCCAGUGUGUGUUCAUCUGUCCAGAUACUGGCUGUAGUAACGGGCUGUCUGAUAGGAAGAAUGUUGCUCUUGGAAAUAUUCAUGGCUGCAGUUUUUACUUUGAGCACACCCUAGGGAACAACUAAUGACCUUCUGAAAAACAGGCGAAAUCAACAUUAUAAAAACUGCACAUAUCAGCUAUUUUGUUGCAUUACAGAAAAGAAAGCCUAUAGCAUUUUCAAGAAAAUAUACUAAAAUAUUUUUAUAAUGUUUAACAUGUACUCA